CACCGUCUGACCUACACAUCACGAAUAAGAGAUGUCAGGACCCCGGCCUGUAGUUCUGAGCGGCCCGUCAGGAGCCGGAAAAAGCACCCUGUUAAAGAGACUGAUGAAGGAAUAUGAAGGCGUUUUUGGAUUCAGCGUCUCGCACACCACCAGAAAUCCUCGACCAGGUGAAGAAAAUGGAAAAGAUUAUCACUUUGUAACCAGAGAGAAGAUGCAAGGGGGAAUUGACAAUAGCGACUUCAUUGAGAAUGCUGAGUUUUCUGGAAACAUGUAUGGAACCAGUAAAUCAUCUAUAGAGGACGUUCGGGCUCAAAACCUCAUCUGCAUUCUGGAUGUUGACAUACAAGGUGUGAAUAACAUCAAAAAGACGGAUCUAAAUCCAAUCUAUAUCUCCAUUCAGCCACCUUCAAUGGAGAUCUUGGAAAAGCGUCUGCGGGAAAGACAAACCGAGACAGAGGAAAGUCUACAAAAGCGUCUGGAGGCAGCGAGAAUUGAUAUGGAACUGAGUAAAGAAACUGGGGUUUUCGACAUUGUUAUCAUUAAUGAUGACUUGGAAGGGGCCUACGAGAAACUCAAAAGUGUUCUUAUUGAGGAAAUUGAAAAGGUCCAAGAUUCCAAAAAAUAGGAAAGAAGAAACUGCAGUGUUUACUUUCUGCCGGACAGCACGGGACAUGAAGCCUUUCAUUCCAGCCUUGUCAUCACAGUUGGUUCUCAUGU